CUCUGCCCAGCCCGCGGCGUCCCUCCCCUCCUCCCGCGAUCCCGUUCCUCCCGCGCGCCCCACGCCCCCCCGCGUCCAGGCCCGCUCGCUGCCCACCUUGUAAAACAAAGCCGGGGAAAAUGCCUGCCCGUGCUGCUGGGAGCGCGCAGCCCGUCUCGGAAUAAGUGAGUACAAUGGCGUGUUGGUAAAAAAAAAAAAGAAAAAAAAAAGAAAAAAAAAAGCUUCAAGUCCGUCUUUUCCCAAAAAGCAUUUUGAAUGCUGCAUGCCCCAUGCUUCCCAGCGCCUCGCGGGAGAGACCCGGCUACACUGCAGGAGUGGCGGCACCCGACUUGCUGGAUCCAAAAUCUGCUGCUCAGAACUCCAAACCGAGGCUCUCAUUUUCCACGAAACCCACAGUGCUUGCUUCCCGAGUGGAGAGUGACACAGCCAUUAAUGUUAUGAAAUGGAAGACGGUCUCCACGAUUUUCCUGGUGGUUGUCCUCUACCUAAUCAUCGGAGCCACCGUGUUCAAAGCGCUGGAGCAGCCUCAGGAGAGUUCCCAGGGGACCACCGUUGUGAUCCAGAAGCAAACGUUCAUAUCCCAGCACUCCUGUGUCAACUCCACUGAGCUGGACGAGCUCAUCCAGCAAAUAGUGGCAGCAAUAAAUGCAGGGAAUCCCUUAGGAAACACCUCCAAUCAAAUCAGUCACUGGGACUUGGGAAGCUCCUUCUUCUUUGCUGGCACUGUUAUUACAACCAUAGGAUUUGGAAACAUCUCACCACGUACCGAAGGCGGAAAAAUAUUCUGUAUUAUCUAUGCCUUACUGGGAAUUCCUCUCUUUGGUUUUCUGUUGGCUGGAGUUGGAGAUCAAUUAGGGACCAUUUUUGGAAAAGGAAUUGCCAAAGUGGAAGAUACAUUUAUUAAGUGGAAUGUUAGUCAGACCAAGAUCCGCAUCAUCUCCACCAUCAUCUUCAUCCUGUUUGGCUGUGUCCUCUUCGUGGCCCUACCCGCGAUCAUAUUCAAGCACAUAGAAGGCUGGAGCGCCCUGGACGCCAUUUAUUUUGUGGUCAUCACCCUGACGACCAUUGGGUUUGGCGACUACGUAGCAGGCGGAUCAGAUAUUGAGUAUUUGGACUUCUACAAGCCUGUCGUGUGGUUUUGGAUCCUUGUGGGGCUGGCCUACUUUGCCGCUGUCCUGAGCAUGAUUGGGGACUGGCUCCGUGUCAUAUCUAAGAAGACAAAGGAAGAGGUGGGAGAGUUCAGGGCCCACGCUGCAGAGUGGACAGCCAAUGUCACGGCCGAGUUCAAAGAAACACGGAGGCGGCUGAGCGUGGAGAUCUACGACAAGUUCCAGCGAGCCACCUCCAUUAAGAGGAAGCUGUCUGCAGAGCUGGCGGGGAACCACAACCAGGAGCUGACCCCGUGCAGGAGGACCCUGUCGGUGAACCACCUGACCAGCGAGAGGGAAGUCCUGCCUCCCUUACUGAAGACUGAGAGCAUCUAUCUGAAUGGCUUGACGCCACACUGUGCGGGUGAAGAGAUCGCUGUGAUCGAGAACAUUAAGUAGCCCUCUGUCUGGAAGAGCCUUAGCCCUAGCCUAGGUGAGGACUUCUGUGUGCGCUUUGUGACUGUUGCUGGUAGCAGUUUAAACCUUGUGCGUGAGCUCCCAAGGGAAGCCAGUAGAUACACCCAUCAUGGCCACCUGCCACCGAGAAUGGAACCCUGAGCCAGCGCUCUCUUUCUGAGGAUGCUUGUGGGACGCUCUGCUCCCUUUGACCAGCAGAAGGACGAGUGCUGUCCGAUGCCUUUCUGUGCCCAGACUGUUUUCCUCCCCUUUCCCCUGAUGUGCCGUAAGGCCUCGGAGUGAAUGGGAACCGUUUUUGGUAAUGAUGUAGCUUGGAAGGAUCAGUCUCUACCUUCUCAGGGUCCACCUAACUGAGCCUAGAUACGGACCAUUUCUGGAUGACAUUUCUUUUUGUAAAUGGCAAGAAAUUCUUAUGCAGCCUUUUACCUAAGAAAUUUCUGUCAGUGCCUUAUCUUACGAAGAAACAGAGCCUCUCUAGCUCACACGCGUGUGGUUUCUCCUUCCCGCCCCCCAGGCUCACCUCUGAGGUUGAGGCGGAAUCGCACCCCUUGCUGGACACAGUGUCGGAGGACUGAGUCGUUCAUCCCUUAAGAAGGGACAGAUGCCAGAUUAGGACAGUGAAACAGCACUCAGAAAUUAGUGAUACAGGCACUGCCCAGAAAGGUGCGGAGGGGGCCCCUCUGAGUAUUUAUUUGACUCAGGUACCAGUGGUACAUGUGUACGGUGUAAUGGUGUAAUUAUUACCAAGCCGGUAGCCUUGGCUGCUCACAAACUGUCCCUUUUUUCCUGGCAGUAUUUGGAAUCUAUCAUUUAUUAAUAACUAUACAUUUUUUAAAAGCAGAAGAAAGUUCAUAUAUAUAUAUAUAUAUAUAAAUGAUCUGAUGGAAGAAAAUUGUUAAAAAUAGGUAUUACUAGAGGGAUCUAAAACAGUUGGUAUAAAUUCAUCCUCAUGAGAAGAAAAUAGCAAAACUAUGUGUUACAAGUAUUUGCUAAUAAACAUUAUACUGCCAGCUUCUUUUGCUUUGUGAUGUCUGAAAGGCUAUGAUUCUCGUUCCUGAGUGACUUUUGCCAAAUGAAAGGAGGCCCUGCUCAGUGAGUGGAGGGACAGGCCCAGCCUUCCGGGGUCACUUUGUCACUGCAUUGUGAUGGCACAAGCUGAAGCUGGGAUCACUGUGAUUUUGCACAUGGAAAAAAUACAGAUUACAGGCUUAAUUCAUCUCUGGCAUUAGAGAAAAUGCUGUUAUAGCACAAUUUAAAUAUUGAGAGUCUUUUUUAAGAUAGAAAGGCUGAUAAUCCUUUUUAGUUUAAUGUUAUACCUUGUAAUUCUUUAGAUGUCCCCCAGAUUCAGAAAAAAUUCAGUAAAUGCACCCAGUAUAAAGCUACCCUUUCUCUUUAUUUUCAUACUUAGAUCUGCUGUUCAUUGAUAAUUUUUAAAUUGAGGAAGGAAAAUGAUUUCCCUGAAUAUAAUUGCAAAGCAGAGUUCCUUUACUUUUUCUUGAGAGUUGGGGUAGGAAUAUCUGAACAAGUGGCACUCAGAUGAGGGCCUUAAGAAAAUAAACCAGAAUCUUUACAGACAAACCAAGAGAUGCUUAUUUUCCCAAAUUUAAAUUUAAGGUAGAAAUGUAAAUACUCAGUUCACUUGUUGAAGGUACUUUUAUAAAUCUAAAAAAUUCUAACCAAAAUUUUACAAAGUCAGGCUCUUUUAGAAAGAAAGCUACAUUCAUCUCCUCAGUCACUGUUUUGAAAGUUCAUAUGGUGGAAUGCACCAUGUAUAAACUGUGAAUUGUAUUGAUGAAUAAAGUUUGUAAUUAAAGUCAGCAUUUUCUGAGUGUCCUGCUUGCGGCUGAGAACGUAGAUCUGAUUCUAGCUAAGGAGAGCUAGAGGAUGCCACUUUUCACACUGAAUUUUUGUGGCUCUUUCAUUCAAAAUAUUCAAGAAGUAUUUUUGAUGUAGUAGUAAUACCCUUAGCAAGUACUCACAAAGUAUUCUUUUUUUGGAGGCUAUUAAUAAAAAGUAAAGAUGCCGAAAUUCAUUUGUAAAAUGCAAUAUUUGAAAUAGCAUAUAAGCUCAAGAACGUUUCCAUUACAUUAUAUUUUUAUAUCAUAUUUUAUCGUUGUCACUGAAGUAGCCUGAAUGCUGAACAUAACCAACUGAUUGUUUUGUUGUUGUUAGAAAAAGAUAAUAAAGCAUCCUGGUAGUACUGUAGCUUAAAGUAGGCAGUUGCCAGCUAGUCUUCUAGACCUUAUACCUCAAAUACAUGAACUAUUUAUGUUAUCAGCAUCCCACAUAAAUGUGCUGAUUCAUUCUUAAACCACAUUCUUGAUGCUCAAUAAAGAUCUGAAAACUGGCCCUGACAUUGUCCUUACCCAUAUAUUGCAUCAAUUGACAACACUUUUAUAUUGUCAAGAUUUAAUUAUUAACUCUUACGGGAAGAAUAUUGGUAGUGAUCUUGACAUAGCCUGGAAUUUUCUAGUCAGUUUACUUUUCUCGUAAGCCAUUGUAAGAGUAAGUAGUUUUGCCUUGAAGAAAAAUUAAAUAUUAGAACCAGACAGAAUCGGUAAUACCCUGAUUGUUGUUCUCAGACAUGGAUUCUAGGUAAUGCUCUCUAUCCAGCCUCAAACUACUAAAGGUAAAAGUGAUUCUUUUAGAUUUCCUUCUCUUUUUUGCAGAGAUCUGUAUUCUUUCUUCCAUAGUUUAUGCCACACACUUUUUUCCCAGUAAUAUUUCACCUUUGCAAUGAAGGAAAAAGAAAUUUCUGAAGCCAAAGGGAAUUGAAUAGUGUGCAUCUUGGCUUUCCAAAAAAAAGAAUAAAGAAAAAAAAAAAAGAAGCACUGUGUAGGGCUUUGUUUCUUUCUCAAAUUCCAUGUAAUAUGUGACAUAUAAGAGAUCUCAAAUCCUAUAUAUGUCAAACAUCAGUAUAAUUCUUUGAUUCUUGAGUCAGAAAGUUCUAAAA